UAAAACAUUUAAUUCACCGUCCUGAACUCUUGAAACUUAAGUCUUUUUUAGUUUUCAUCGUCUUCAAACAUCAGACUCUGCAGAGUCUUCACAAUCAACUUAUUAAUGGAUUCUUUUUAGUUUAAUAAUUAAUAGUUUUUUUUUACUAGUUAAUAAUUUCUUAACUGCAGAUAAGAAUUUUUUAAUAAAGACUUCGAUAAAAUAAAAUGAAAAAAUUCGGUUUAUUAUAAUCUGCAUUUUUAAAUCAUUAAUUUGUUACGCACUACUGUCAAUUUUUUAAACAAAGUUUUUGGAAAAUAAAAACUAAAAUGUUUAAUUUUAGUAACUUGUUUCGCUCACUACCAACAGUUUCUUCUAUAUUGCCAGUUCGAUAUCGUGCACGUAAAUGUACCAGGGAGCGAAAAGCAAAAAUUAAUAAAAAAAAUAGAGCUGCUAAUUUAGCCAAAGCAAGAAAAUAUAUACCUAUAUUAAAGAAAAAGCAAUUAGACAAAUCAAGUCGAACAAUUGAAACAUUUCCUUGGCGUUCAUCCAAUGACGACGUCUAUCUGGGAUUAUUUAACCAAAUGCGCAGGUUUAACUUGUUGGAAGCUAUAUUGGCUCAUCGUGAACUUCACCAUCCAUCAAUGAUUAAUGUACCUAAUGCACCUCUGAAUGUUCGUCUUGAAAUAGACUUAACUACUGAUAAAAAAAAUAAAUUUGUAGAUAAAUAUCAUAAAAUAAUUGAAUUACCUCAUCCAUAUGACCAUGGAGAAGAUAGAACAAUAUUAGCAUUUUGUCAAAGUACUGAAAUGAUGGAAGAAGCUAGAAAUGCUGGUGCAAUGUUAGUUGGAGGGAAAGAUGUCAUUAAAAGUAUAGAGAGAGGUCUUAUAAUGUUACCGGAUUUUCAAUAUGUACUUGCUCAUCCUGAUAUUUUAACAGAAUUACCUGCCAUCCGUGGAUUAUUGAGGAAACGUUAUCCAAGUCUUCAACAUGGUACACUGACAUUAGAUUUAAUAGCCAUGGUAAAGCAUUACAUAAAAGGUAUUAAAUAUAAUAUGCAAGUGGAUCCAUAUGAUGAAUCUUUAGGAAUUGUAGAAAUGAAAAUUGGACAGCUUACAGAUGAACCAAAACACCUAAUUGAAAAUUUUGAAACUGUAUUUAAGGAUAUUAUGACCAAAGCUCCUAAAAGAGCCAAACAAUCUCAAUUUAUUAUACGAUGCUUAGCCCAAACACCGGCAUCAAGAGAGAAAUUCAAUAUCAAUUUAUCUCAAUUUAUUAAUACUGAAGAAGACUCAGAAUCCGAUUCGGAUUCAGAUGAUGAAGAUGAGAUUAAAAAGAAACAACGUCUUUAGUAUAAAUUAAUAUUUAGUGAUUUGUUAUAAAUUAUUAAAUUAUAUUAGUAAGUUAUUAGUUAUUUUUUUUUUUAAAUAAACUCAUACAAUAACAUA